AUGAAUUACCAACGAAUGCCCAUUGAGAAGGAGGCGCCUGAGGAGGUCGGUGCCGUGAUCAAGUACAAUCUCUCAGAGAGCGCCAUAUCAGAUCAGACACUGAAGUCGUUGAGCAUCACCUUUCCCCCAGAUGCUGCUCUGACCUACGCAGAACACCAGGGCAGUCGCGAGAUCCGCCGUCUCGUCGCCCAAGCCUCGGGCAGGCCGAUCGACCCGGACCAUGUCCUCGUCACAGCAGGCGCUUCAACUGCGCUGUUCAUCAUCAAAACCGCCCUUCUCGGUCCCAAAGACCACGUCGUCGUCACUCGUCCCAACUACGCCACCAACCUGGAGAUUCCACGCUCCGUCGGAUGCGACAUCACUUUCAUAGACCUCGAGUUUGAAUUGCAGUAUCGCUUGGACAUCGACCGCGUCGCCGCCGCCAUUCGCCCCGGCGUCACCAAACUCAUCAGCAUCUGCUCCCCCAACAACCCCACCGGCACAAUGUGCACCCCCUCCGAGCUUCGGGCCCUUGCGAGCCUCGCCAAGGAGAAGGGAUGCUACCUCCUAGUCGAUGAAACGUACUCAGAGCUCAAGUACCCAUCCGAGUCCGCUGAUGGAGUAGAUUCUUCGACUCCGUCGGCGGCUGCACUAGGUGACCAUGUCAUCAGCGUUUCCUCCUUGUCCAAGGCCUACGGCGUCCCUGGCAUCCGCAUCGGCUGGCUCACUACUACCAAUGUUGGCCUCCAGGAAACAUUCCUUGCUGCCAAGGAACAGAUCAGUAUUAGCGGAAGUGUCCUCGACGAGCUCGCUGCUGAGCAGAUCCUGUCUCGCCGGGCCGAGCUACUGGAUGUGACUAUUGCCGAUAUGCGGAAGCGCAGAGACCGCGUCGCGAGUUGGGUCGCUGAGGAGAGCGAGUGGCUCGAUUGGGUUAAGCCAGAGGCUGGGGUGAUGUGCUUCAUCAAAAUCAGGAAAGAGCCGGUCGGAGGAAUUGAGGCGUUCUACACAAGACUGCUAGAGAGGCAUGGGGUGUAUAUCGGUCGAGGAGGCUGGUUUGAGAGGGAUGAUAGCUUCUUCAGACUGGGGUAUGGGUGGCCGACGUGGCAAGACCUGGAACAGGGGCUUUGUGGGAUCUCGAAGGCUCUCCGGGAAUGA